UUCAACUUUGUUGAUAUAUUCAAAUUAUUUUUAAUCAAUGUUUGAUGCUAUUUGCAUUUAUUUUACAUUGGAAAAUUAUCUAGAUAAUGUAAAGUCUGUACUACAAACAAGUCCUCGAUGCGGGCAGAUUAAUGGCGACAACAAAUAUAAUAGGAGCAGUGCACAUUCUCCUCUCCGUCACAGCAUUUCUUGGGAAUUCUCUGAUCCUUGUUGCCCUUAACAAGGAAACUUCCCUCCAUCCACCGUCCAAACUCUUGUAUCGUUGUCUGGCAACAACUGAUCUGUUGGUUGGUCUUGUUGCCCAGCCUCUCUAUGCUACCUGGAUCUUCUUGGAUCCCUGGACUCUUGAGGACUGGAAGAUUUUCGCUUACGUACAGAACGCGACCAAUAUUACAGGCUAUUUGUUAGGUGGAGUGUCUCUUUUGACGAUGACGGCCAUAAGCGUGGACAGACUUCUCGCCCUGUUGCUGGGGCUGAGAUACAAACAAAUCGUAACUUUGAAGCGCACAUUUAUCAUUGUAGCUACCAUUUGGGUUUCAACUCUUGUUGCUUCUGUAUGUGUAAUUUUUGAUUACCAUAUAACCAUUUUGUACAGCAUCAUAUUUACAGCAAUUUGCCUGGUUAUCUCAAUCACCUCAUACAUAAAAGUAUUUUGCGUUCUUCAUCACCAUCACGCUCAAGUACAAGAUCAUUCUCAACAACAGCCGAGCCAACCAAAUGCACUCAACACGGCGCGAUACAGAAAGGCAGUUUACAGUGCACUAUGGACGCAGUCAGCGUUAGUUGUUUGUUAUGCACCUCAUUUUGUGCUGCGAAUUAUAGUCAGGCAUAGUAAGACAUAUCCAUUGCACUUACAGGUCAUUGGGGAAAUAGCAGUGGUCUUAGUUUACUUUAACUCGACGUUAAACCCGUUUCUUUACUGUUGGAAGAUCAGUGAAGUGCGACGAGCAGUAAAGCAGACAGUCAGGCAAGCACUUUGCUAUACUUGGGGAUAGAUCCCUUCUGCGUUGCAGUCGUAUUUAGAAACUUUAGAAGCUGACUUUUAUAGCCAAUAAAGAUUUAGAAAUGCAAAGACUAGCAAAAACUAACGAUAAAAACCGACGUU